CUAUGAAAAUAAUAAGCGUCGAAGAAUCAAUUGGAUAAAACGUAGAAGUGAAGAAAAUUUUCAUAUUUUUGCAAAUUGGAGGUGUUUUCACAAUUUCUAUGAGCUAUUUCAAGCGUAUUUCCGUGGUGAAUAUAAAUGAAAAUAUAUUAAAAACAAAUAGAAAAGAUUAAUUAGUGCUAAGACGCGAAAAGCUGCUAAGGAAAGCAAAGUGUGCCGGCAAAGGUUUAAGAACUUGAAUUUUCCCAAUUUAUGGUGUUUUUCGCGUACGUGUGUGCGUGUGUGUGUUUGUACGGGGGGAAAAACGCAGUAAUUACGCAAGUUUCUAAACGCAUCGCAAGCCCCACUUUUCUGGAAGUGAACUGCUGUCGCUGUGUGAGCUAUAAAAGCUGCUCCUCCGUCUGCCAAAAUUAGCUUCGCCGCCCUCAGAGUGGUCACAAACAAAAUUGUUAAUUUAUGCGAUUUUUGCGUUCAUUGCGGCAUUUAACAAAGGCCGACCACCGUCUUGCUGCCGCCACACCCCUUCAUAUUCCAAAGCGUCGCUUCAAAACGUUUACUUCAUUAGUUGUCGGUUCUGUUACUAAAAAUAGCGUUUUGCAAAGACUAUUCCAAAAACAACGUGCCCGUCAUUUAUUAAUCAAACGGAAUAGUAUGCCAGAUAUAUUACAAGACUUUUUUGAGAUACAAAAUCCCAUUGGAACAUCAAUGUCAACAAAUAGUAGCGCUGGCGCAAGUGCUAUAGCAAAUGGCAGCAGGAAUUUGAAUGGUAGCGGGGAUGGCGGUGGUGGUGGCGGUGGCGGUGCCGCUGUUGGAGACAGUGGUGGUGGUGGCAGAGCUAUUAGCAGCGUCAACACUCUAUCCGUGCCUGGUCAGCAAGAGAUGGUUCAUCAGAAUGGCGCACUUACAGAGGCACCCGCUCAGGGUUACAAGCGUAAGCUGGAACAUAGAAUUUUUGUCAACCGGUCGCUGCACUUAGAGAAUAUCAAAUUCUAUGGCUUCGAUAUGGACUACACUCUGGCGGAAUACAAAUCGCCACAAUAUGAGCAACUUGGUUUCGAUUUGGCCAAAGAGUGUCUGGUCAAUGACGGCUAUCCCAAAGAAAUCCUGCAAUUCGAAUAUGAUCCCUCGUUUCCGGUGCGUGGCCUCUGGUUUGAUACACUCUAUGGCAAUCUCUUGAAAGUGGACGCCUACGGCAAUAUAUUGGUGUGUGUGCGGGGCUUCGAAUUUCUUAAACAUCACCAAGUUUAUGAGUUGUAUCCGAAUAAAUUUUUGAAACUGGAUGAAAAGCGCGUCUAUGUUUUGAAUACACUAUUCAAUUUACCUGAAACAUAUUUGUUGGCGUGUUUGGUUGAUUUCUUCACUAAUAGUUCGGAAUAUAUAAGCGAAAAAACUGGUGUCAAGGCAGGCGAGCUCUUCAUGUCCUUCAGAUCGAUUUUCCAAGAUGUACGACGUGCUAUCGAUUUUGUACAUAUAAAAGGCAAUCUAAAACAGAAGACAAUCGAGAACUUGGAUUACUACGUUAAAAAGGAUCCCCGUCUACCCAUGGUGCUGUCGCGCAUACGCGAAUCUGGUGCCAAGGUCUUCUUACUCACCAACAGCGAUUACAAAUACACCAACAUCAUUAUGUCGUAUUUAUUCGAUUUCGAGCAUGGCGCGAGACCCGACGAGCCACAUCGCAAUUGGAAAACCUACUUCGAUGUAAUUGUAGUGGAUGCAGCGAAACCACUCUUCUUCGGCGAAGGUACAAUUCUCCGGCAAGUUGACACACAAACGGGUGCCUUGAGAAUCGGCACACACAUGGGUCCACUGCAGCCGGGCAAAGUCUAUUCCGGUGGCUCAUGUGAGGUGUUCACUUCCUUCAUCAAUGCCAAGGGCAAGGAUGUCCUCUAUGUCGGUGAUCACAUUUUUGGUGAUAUUCUGAAGUCGAAGAAGAUACGUGGUUGGCGUACAUUCCUGAUUGUACCAGAGCUGGUGCAGGAAUUGCAUGUAUGGACAGAUAAGUGUCAGUAUUUUGCUGAGUUACAGCAAUUGGAUGUUAUGUUGGGUGAUAUGUACAAAAAUCUGGACUCGAGCGCUAAAGAGAAGCCGGACAUUUCAAAAUUGCGUUCAAGCAUACGUGAUGUCACCCAUAAAAUGGACAUGGCUUACGGCAUGAUGGGCUCACUAUUCCGUUCCGGUUCCCGACAAACAUUCUUCUCCAGUCAAGUAUCCAGAUAUGCCGACUUGUAUGCGGCAACUUUCCUCAAUCUCUAUUAUUAUCCAUUUUCGUAUAUGUUCCGUGCACCGGCUAUGCUGCUGCCGCACGAAUCUACAGUAACGCAUGAGCAACGAUUCCACAUGGAGGCACCGCCUAUACAACGUGCACGCAGCAAGAACGAAAGUGUGGAUGGUGGUGCGCUAAGCACGAUUUCAUCACCUACCGAGAAGGCGCAGGAAGCCAUGGCGAACUUCGAACGUGCGGAUUGCAAAGACGAAGAAAUUGAGAAGCUUGCUGAGGAAAUUAAGUCAAUGAAUUCGGCUGGUACAACCAAUUCCACAGUGCCGCAUACGCGUCCGCCAACACCGCAAAGCGUGACGCACACACACGAUGAGGACUACUCGGAGGAGGAGUCGGAACAAAUGCCCAAAUGUGACUGUCAACGACAGCAAGAUGAUACCGACUAGAAUCUGGCGAAUUUAGUAUGCACUUAUAAAGCAUCGGCAGACGCCUCGGAAGCGUUUAAAAUAAAUAAAUAAACAAAAAGAAAUGAUGAA